AUGGUCUUCAGUCUUUUCACUCGCAAGUCCGAUUCAUUACCCAACGCACAACUACAUACACCCUCUCCCUCACUUUCACACACUGACUCACCAGUAGCCCUCUCGCCCACACCACCACCCACUACCGAGACAGAGCCCGAGACAGAGGUAACAGACCCAACCGCCUUGUAUGACCUCGUACGCUCUGUCCCUCCCCAGACCCUACACACAUACACCCUCGCCCACCUCUCCCCGACCUCCGAUCCCCCACUGAUGCCCCCCUCCCCACGUACACUCACUGCCCUUACCCAGUUCUUCCACGAACUCUCCCCGCCGCCACAACUCCAUUGCGUGCGCUGCCACUCCUCUUUCUUUGAACUUUCAAAUACAGACACGUCUUGCCGCAUUCCACAUGAUGAUGAAAGCGCACUCGUCGAUCGUGCUGCGUAUGAGACCUUGUGGUGCUGCUGUGGAAGCAGUGUCGAAGGGACGGGAGAUAUGGGUCCCCCGGAUGGGUGGUGUUAUGAGGGAAGACACACAACAGACACCAGGCGUGCGCGUUUCCGCGCAGAUUCUACCAUCCACGACGAUAAACUAUUUUCUUGCGCCGCGACGGGAUGUCACGGC